AUUUAAUUAUAAAUUGAAAUACACUAGGUAAGAUAAGUAUAAUAAGACUUACAGUGUCUUUAAAACUACAUAGCAAAUUUCGCAAAGAACCUACUGUUUCAAAUCAUAAGAAACUGAUAUUAAUUUUCGCUUUGAACGAAAAGUUUAUAGUAGAAAGUAUGAGUACAUAAAUACUCUGAACAUCGAAAGUUUUUCGAUUAGUGAAACAAUAAAUUGAAACGGACUGGUAUUACAUAUAACACCUACACAUAUCAUAAAAAUAUUUUUUUUUGGCGACUACAUACUCAUAUUACAGAAUAUACAUACUGUUCAAACAAUUGUAAGUCAUUUUCUUUGUACAUUCAACAGGUAACAUCAAUGUGUUUUAGCGCUUUCCAUUAUCGCUUUUUCAUUCCUAUACGGUUUGCCGAACAGCUAUCGCAUAAAUUAAACGAAAGAGCAAGAGAGUGGAACAAUUACAUUGGAAAUAUUUUAAAUUCAAUUGUUAGCUUGUUUACAUAUAAUAGCAACUACAACAUUGAUAUAGAGCAGCAAUACAUUUCCAUUUUAACCAUACAACAAAUAUUUGAGGGAGCUCUUUGCCAUCAUUCAGAUCAAACUAUACAAUCAGUCCUAUUUAGUAGUCGUUGAGCAUUAGAUCAAAUUAUUUAGUCGUGUUUCGAUUUAAUAUGAAUUCAUAUAAUGAUUUGAAGGUAACGGACGAAUAAAUUAAAAUACUAAUGGAUAUAUUUUUUCUGGAUCCAAUAUUGUCACCAUUACCAUCAGUUCAUUACCAUAUGAAAAGCAGUUAUUCUACAAUAUACAUACUAAAUGUUGGCAUUAAAUUAUUUCGUACACACUGAACAUAAUUAUAUUACAAAAAUUAACAAAGUAAAAGUCGGACAAUGGCGCGCCCAUUCAAUCAUAAAUUAUUGCGCAAUUGUUGUAACCUCAUAUUUUUGUUCUGCGGAGUGAUGCUUGUCGUUUUUGGUUUCUACCUCAUUAAUGAUUCGAAACGAAUCCUUCUCUCACGUCUUCUGGUGACAACGAGCGAGCAACUUAACAGCCUACCACAACCUUUGUUCUACUACAUUUCUAUUGCUAUUCCUGUAGCAGGAUGUGUGGCUGUCUUUAUCGCCUUGCUUGGAUAUUGGGCGUCCUACCAGCAAACCUACUGCUGCCUUAGUUUAUACUUUUCAUCAGUGAUCGUAUUGCUUCUAGCUGAGUCGUUAGUCUGUUUAGCCAUUACAUUGUGGCCACAUUGUUUGGGCAUCAGUUUGGACGAAUCGAAAAUGGUUAAAGCUCUACAGGGAAAUUAUGGUGUGCCCGGAAAGGAACAAUUCACUAAUGCAAUGGAUUUGGCCCAGACUCGUUUCGGCUGCUGUGGUAUGAAUAGUAAUAUUAACUAUAACACAUCCAGCUGGAAGCUGCAGGGUUACGGUCAGCGAGAAUGGGUAGUACCUCUCACUUGCUGCAUUUUACACAAUGUCACUGAUAAGAUGUCUUAUUUGGAUCCGAAGCCUGUGAAUAUAACUCAGUGUCAAAUGUUACAGAAGAUGGACUAUGUUCAAAAUCGUCACGAAGUACCUUGUCUUAAGUACUUGGAGAAUUGGUAUUAUGAGCAGUAUACAUUGUUCUUAGGCGCCAGUAUUAUCAUUGCCAUUGUAGAAUUUUGUGUAUUACUCUCCGUAAUUGUAAAUUGUACAAAACAAAAACACCAAAUACUUUAGAUAACAUUUAUGAAAAAUA